AUGGCCAGCUACCGCCUGCCUCAAGCUGGGCAGCCCCCAGCCAAUAAGGUGCUGGCCCGCCACAGUCCGCCUACUUCAAUGAGUGCCUGGAGUUUAGGCCAAAAGCCGAAAAAAAUCGACAGUGCCAGGAAGACCGCCAUCAUUGACCGCGAACUAAAGAGGCUGAACAUUGAUAUCGCAGCACUGCAAGAGACGCAACUCUCCGACAGCGGCAGCCUGAAGGAGAAAGCACCCUCCUCUGGCACAUCACGUGUCCUCUCCCUUCGCCUCACCUCUUCUGGACCAACCAACAUUCUUAGCAUCUACGCCCUAACACCCUGCUCUGCAACCGAGGUUAAGGACCAGUUCUAUGAGGAGCUCGAGGCAAAGAUCAGGCUGAUUCCCAAGAAGGAACACUUAUUCCUACUCGGAGACUUCAACGCCCGUGUGGGAGCCGACCACGAUUCCUGGCUUCGCUGCAUCGGGCACUUUGGCGUCGGCAAGCUCAACGAGAAUGGCCAGCACCUCCUUGAGCUGUGCUCUUUCCAUGACCUCUGUCUCACCAACACCUUCCCCACCAAGCCCCUCCACAGGAUGUCCUGGAGACACCCAAGGUCCCGUCACUGGCACCAGUUGGACCUUGUCAUCUCCAGAAGAUCCUUGCUAAAUCAAACGUGCCCACCACUCCAAGCAGAAGCCCCGACCCGUAUCAACAUAGCCAGAACAAACAAGCCUGAACUGCGGGAACACUUCGCCAUAGCCAUCGACAAAGCCCUGGAGGGGUGCCCAACCGACAGCGCAACUAAACGGUGGAACCACAUACCCAAGGCUGUGUUCCAGACUGCCCUGGACACCUUCGGUAGAAGAGAGAGGAAGAGCACUGACUGGUUUAAGGCAGGAAUUGCUAAACUGGAGCUCGCCAUUGCUGCUAAGCGAGCCGCCCUAAUUGCUCACAAGAAAGACCCUUCCACAAAGACACUUGUAACACUUUGGACUGCUCGAAAGGACACGCAGAAGAUCGCCAGACCUAGGCAACGUGCAAGGGAUGUACAAGGGCAUGAAGAAGGCUUUCGGCCCAAGCCCAUCAAGACAGCCCCACUCAAAUCAGCCAAGGGCGAGAUCAUCAAAGACCGCUGCAAGCAAAUGAAGAGGUGGGCUGAACACUACAAAGAGCUCUACUCAAGGGAAACUACUGUCACCAGCACGGCCCUUGAGAGCACUCAAUCACUGCCUCCCAUGGUCGAGCUCGACACACCACCCACCAUUGAAGAGCUCAGCAAGGCUGUUGACAAUCUAGCCAACGGCAAAGCGCCAGGCAGCGACAACAUUCCUCCUGAGGUAGUCAAGGCCACAAAAGAGAGCUCUCUCCUACAACACCUUUACGAGCUCCUAAUGCAGUGUUGGGAGGAAGGAGCAGUGCCCCAGGACAUGUGUGAUGGCAUGAUCGUCACGCUCUACAAGAAUAAGGAGGAAUGGAGCGACUGCAACAACUAUCGUGGCAUAUCGCUCCUCAGCAUUGUCGGCAAAGCAUUUGCCCGGGUCACCCUAAACAGGUUGCAACUCCUUGCUGAACGCGUUUAUCUAGAGGCGCAGUGCGGCUUCAGGGCCGCCAGGUCAACUGUCGACAUGGUGUUCUCUGUGAGGCAGCUGCAGGAGAAAUGCCGGGAGCAGAGGCAGCCCCUGUAUCUGGCAUUUAUCGACCUGACCAAGGCCUUCGACAUGGUCAGCCGAGAUGGACUGUUUGCCCUCCUCCAGCGGAUUGGAUGUCCCCCAAAGCUCUUGAGCUUGAUCGUGUCCUUCCACCAAGACAUGAGCGGGACCGACUCUGAAGACGGCGUCUUCAUCCACACCAGGAGCAGCGGAGGUCUCUUCAACUUGGUGCGUCUAUGGGCAAAGACAAAAAUACAGAGGGUGCUCGUCAGGGAACUAUUUUUUGCCGACGAUUCUGGCCUUGUCGCCCACACUGAAACAGCACUGCAGCGACUCAUCGACCGCUUUUCAACCUCCUGUGCAGAAUUUGGUCUCACCAUCAGCCUGAGGAAGACUAAGGUCAUGGGCCAAGACGUCAGUAGUGCCCCCAGCAUCUCCAUCGGUGACCACACCCUCGAGGUGGUGGAAAAGUUCAUCUAUCUCGGCUCUACCAUCUCCAGCAACUUCUCCCUUGUUGAUCGGCAAGGCAGCGACCACGAUGGCCUGUCUGACGGAGCGAACGUCACCAACAUCGACGUCCUGGCCAAGGCAGGGAUGCCCAGCAUGUUCGCCAUCUUGUCCCAGAGACGUCUGCGUUGA